GGCACGGCUGCAGACACACACGCGCACGCCCCGGUGCGGAAGCGGAGGAGCGCUGGGUGAUACGGUUGCUAUAAAUCUGUGAUCCAGUCCACCUCCCUUUUAAGACGUCCUUCCCCCCUGGUUUCUGCUCCCACUUAGCGAUGCAGCAGCUCACUUCUGUAGCGAGCCACUAAAACAGACAGGAGGAGGCAGGCAGGGAGGCAGAGACAGAGAGACAGACAGAGGCACUGUCUUUUUUAUCACCUCCUUCUAUCCCUUCUUUUCUUUGUUCCUGCCUUGAUUUCUCUUCCCCCCUCCCCCCUCCUUUUUGGGGGGAGUUGUGUUGCACGAGGAGGAGGCUAGUCCUGUCCCACUUUUCUUACCUUUUCCUUUUUCCUGAUUUUUCUCCCCUUUUUUUAUUCCCCCCACUUUGGAUUGCUGGGGGGUGGGUGGGGGGGGGUAAAGCAUCUUGCUUUUUCUUGGCAUCUUGGCUUCCGUGUCCAACUGUACACAGUUGAGGUUGUGUGUGUUGCCUUGAGAGAAGUAGCCACUCUGCUGCUUUAGCCCUCUUUCUUGGGAGGACGGCACCGUUACUUUUUUUUUAAGCUGAAGAGCGGAAGACGGCAACUCCAAACUAACAUGGCAGUCAGACUGUGUGAUGUGGCUUCUCUGCUUAGAAGUGGUUCGUGGGCAGCAGAGCCUUGGACUGGGCAGGUAAUUGCUGCCAUGGAAACACAACUGUCUAAUGGACCAACUUGCAAUAAUACAGCCAAUGGUCCAACCACCAUAAACAACUGCUCAUCGCCAGUUGAUUCUGGAAACACGGAGGACAGCAAGACCAAUUUAAUAGUCAACUACCUUCCUCAGAACAUGACACAAGAAGAACUGAAGAGUCUGUUUGGAAGCAUUGGUGAAAUAGAGUCCUGUAAGCUUGUAAGAGACAAAAUAACAGGACAGAGCUUGGGAUAUGGCUUUGUGAACUAUGUUGACCCCAAGGAUGCUGAAAAGGCCAUCAACACACUGAAUGGAUUGAGACUUCAAACCAAAACAAUAAAAGUUUCGUAUGCACGACCAAGUUCAGCUUCCAUCAGAGAUGCAAAUUUGUAUGUCAGUGGGCUUCCAAAAACAAUGACUCAAAAGGAACUGGAGCAGCUCUUCUCCCAAUAUGGACGCAUUAUUACUUCUCGUAUUCUAGUUGACCAAGUCACUGGAGUAUCAAGGGGUGUAGGCUUCAUCCGAUUUGACAAGCGGAUUGAAGCAGAAGAAGCUAUCAAAGGCUUGAAUGGCCAAAAACCUCCAGGUGCCACAGAGCCCAUCACUGUAAAGUUUGCUAACAAUCCAAGCCAAAAAACCAACCAGGCCAUCCUUUCUCAGCUUUACCAGUCUCCAAACAGAAGGUAUCCAGGACCUCUAGCUCAGCAGGCUCAACGUUUUAGGUUGGACAAUCUGCUCAAUAUGGCUUAUGGAGUAAAGAGUAGAUUUUCUCCAAUGACCAUUGAUGGAAUGACCAGUUUGGCUGGAAUUAAUAUCCCUGGACAUGCAGGAACAGGAUGGUGCAUUUUUGUGUACAAUUUGGCACCUGAUGCAGAUGAGAGCAUUCUGUGGCAAAUGUUUGGACCCUUUGGAGCAGUAACCAAUGUGAAGGUCAUCCGUGACUUUAACACAAACAAGUGCAAAGGUUUUGGAUUUGUGACUAUGACAAACUAUGAUGAGGCAGCCAUGGCAAUAGCCAGCCUGAAUGGAUACCGCCUUGGGGACAGAGUACUGCAGGUCUCCUUUAAAACAAACAAAACGCACAAAGCCUAAUGAAUUAUCCUCAGUCCAUUUAUAUAUGAAAACUAUACAACAAAGGCAAGUUAAGAGAAACUUUAUACAUUAGUAAAUGUCUUUGUAAGUCAGUGUUGAGAUGGGGAUAAAAUGACUACUUAGCAUCCUAAGAAUAUGUGAGAUUUUUUUAUUGCUAGUAUUUGAAUUAAAACUUCUUAAAUAUCUUUUAUGUUUGAAUAUGGACAAGAGGUACAGGGUUUUUACCUGUCACAAUGCAUUCUAUUGCCUUCUUUGAAGAAGGUGGACCUUUUAAAAUGUUUCAGCUAAGGGAAGAAGUUUCUUUUCUUUUUACAUGACUGCCUUGAACCUGUAAGUAAAUAUUGAGGCUUUGUGUUAUAAUCUUUAAGUUGUUUGUUUUUAUGUUGUGUUUUUUCUGAUUUAGCUUUGUGUUUAAUUUACAGUUAAUGCAUUGCUGGUUUUUGUCUGUUCAAGAAAAAUAUUUUGAAGUUUACAUUUUUAUUUAUAAAGUUAUAAACAGUAUUUAUUUUGUAAUUAUGAUUUGGGUUGGGGAAGGGGGGUUACAUUAUAAAAGCUUAUUGUAAGAAUACUGGAGAACUUUUCGUAAAGCAGUACCUUGCCAAAGAGAUAAGAGCCUCUUUGAUGUGGGUUUAAAAAAGCAUCUAUUUUUAUAAAAAAGAAAAAUUUGGAGAAACUUUUUACUGGUCCUGGAACAAAUAUUUUGACUUGAAUACUUUGAGAAAUCUCUUCAUAUGACACCUAGUGAGCUUUUAAAACUUACCAGGAAAUCUGCAGUGGUUGGGGGAAAUUUAGAAAGAUUUAUGAUGUAGAAAUCCUUUUGAGACCUUUGUAUUAAGAAGUAGAAUCAAUGAGAAGCACUGUUGAUUUCACUUUUGUAAUCAUCAGUGUAGUCUCUGAUCAUCCUGGUUAUUAUGUGAUAGGUGGCUCACAUUAAUUUGUGAUUUUGAAACAAAUGAAAAUUAAAAAAGUAUAUAAGAGCAGGCAAGAAAUUUAAAUUACUGAGAGAUGGGGGAAAAAUCUGUUCUUCCUAAAGAAUUCCCUUCAGAUAGAGCUCAUGGUGUUUAGUGAUGUACUUGCAGUAUUGUUUGAAGAAUUGUUUUGUCUUAAGAAAAGACGUUGCACAUGGUUUGCACUGCAGCAAAUCAGCAAAAGCGGUCUGAGUUGGAUAUAUUUGAAGGCAUUUUGAAAGUUACGUUAGGCUAACACCUGAGCUUUGUGUAAUGUAAAUAAGACCUUGCGUUUAUGAACCUUUCAGCUGAUUUUGUUUUGUUUUAUUUUUUACUUACAUGCCAAGUGAUGUUCAGAUUUUUGAAUGUUUUUGUAUGAGUUCUUUUCUUUGUAAAUGGCAUUAACAUUGUUACUUGAGGUCUGCUUAUUCAUUUUUGUUGUCCUGAGGACUUGAAUUUACAGUGCAUCAGAUUUGUUGCUAAUUUUGUCUGUAGAUAGUCUAGCUUCAGCUGUUUAUGGUGAUGCUAUAUUUUUGUUUAUAAAUAUGUUUGUGGUAAAAAUGAGUAUAACCAUAGGUUUUGAACAAAUUUCCUUACAUUUUUCAUACAAAAAUCAUAAAUACCUGUAUGCUAUUGAAAUUUAACUUUGUAUGAUGCUUAAAUCACUAUUUGGGGAAAUAAUAAAAGUCUUUACCAUGUAUUGAAGAAAUUUAAGAAAAAAUACAAAAUAUUUUCUGAUUAGCAUCUAGCUUAUAAUAAAUUUUUAAAAAAGCUGAGGGCUAUAAUGCCCCCACCAGGAUGCACUGACAACUAUAUAGUUACGUCCUGCUUUUUGUAUAAACUGAGAUGCUCAUAUGCUUCCCCUUAGAAAAAGCAAUGUGCUAUGCAUAACAUAGUUGUACAUUAUCUUUGCAGUUGCUUUUGGUUCUUAUUCUUUUAAACUGUAGUUAUAAAUUUUUCAGUAUAGUACAGUACAUAUACUGUGAAGCGCGUGCUAAAGUGAAUAAGCGAGUUUUCAUGCUGACCCACUCAAUGCUAUUCAAAAAUCAAUUGGCUUCCUGAGCACUUUCUCAUUCUUAGGUGCGUUUAGAUUGUCAAAGCUAAUCCUGUGCAUUAAAGAUUGUAUAUGCUUAUUAGGAAAAAAACUUUUCCAAUGUGGGGAAAACCAGUAGCUACAUGCUUCUUUCCUAUACUACUUUAGCAAACAAAGGCAUUGAUGAGAAGGCAUGUAAAUUGAGCUUCACUUUACAGUGUUUAUCAGAGCACUUAAUAAAAUGUAAGGCUGGUAUUUAUUUGAAGUUGUACAGUAUGACUUAAUUCACAUCUGUUGGAAUAGAAAAUAUAUUCUGUUGAGUAUUUAAGAGGCUGUACAUGGUUUUUUUUUUUUUGUGUUUGGAUCCUUUGUACUUUUUCAUGUUCAGUACAUCAAUAAACAAAAGUUGAAGGGAAAACAA